UUUACUUCAUUCCCACGCCGAUAACUCUAUCAUGAAGAUCGCUCUGCUCGCCUCCCUCGUCGCCUGCUGUGCGCUCGUCACCGCUGAGAAUGACGAGGACCCGAAGCGGCCCAGCACGAGCGCCCUCGGUCUCAACAACGGCCUCACGUGGGGCGACUGGGGACCGAAGGAAUUCUGUCCCGACGGCAGCUUCGUCCACGCUUUUGAUGCGAAGUACGAGACCUUCUCCUCGUCGGACGAGACUGGCCUGAACGCCGUCAAGCUCUUCUGCAGCACCCCCGCCCAACACGACACCGGCUACGUCACCUCCGUCAUCGGGGAAUAUGGGGAUUGGCAAGGCAUGAGGAUCUGCGAGAAGGGCUUCGCGACCGGCAUGCGAGGUCAGGUCGUUCCCGAGCAGGGCCUCUUCACCGAUGACCUCGCUGUGGUGAACCUGGAACUGACCUGCAACUACGGCAACCAGACUCUGGUCGGAGUUGAAAACGCGUCUGAUCUCGGUGUCUGGAGUGCACAGACUUCUUGCGGAUCCGGCUCUGCAAUCUGUGGCCUUGAGGUUCGUUACGAGCAGCCCAACGUAGGUGAUGAUUCUGGAGUUACCGACUUUGUUUUCUUCUGCUGCGCCGUCUAAGGAUUUUUCUGUCUCCCUUUCCUCUUUCUGAUGAAAUUUCCUUUUUCCUUUCUUCCUUCUUUCUGGGUUUUUUUUUUCUUUCUUUCCAGUCUUUAUGCUAAUCCACGUAACUACAGAACUAUAUCUCAUUCUGUUAUGAUUUUUCUAUUUAUCUUUUUUUCUAGAUUCUCUCUCUCUCCAGUUCGUUCAUUUCAUCUUAUUUCCUAAAAUUCCUUCUCCUUUUCUUUCUCUCUCGUUUCCCUUCCUUUUCUAUCGGCUUCCGUGCGGAUAAAAAAUCCUCGCAAAAUACAACAAGCAACGCUGAUUCCGUUUUCUAUGCUUUUUGACGCCAUUGCCUUCAUUGGGAUAACUAUUGUAAUGUGAUGAAUAAAUAGAUGGUUGUGC